UUUGUGAACUGAGUUAGUUGCAAAAGAAACAAGAAGGUGAACGGCUUUUAUUUGUUUGGACAAUCCAUUUUUUCCCCCAGUGUUGAAACUACAUCUACCUCGAUUUCUUUAGCUGUGUUUGCAACUCUUGCUUUCUUCAUUUUUUUUUUUGUAAUAAUUAUAAUUUAACUUAAGUACAAAAUUGCACUAUUAUUUUUCCCCCCCGUCAAUUGUUUUGCACUAGUAUUUGGUGAAGAUGCACACUACCCAGAAGGAUACCACCUACACGAAGAUUUUUGUUGGGGGUCUGCCCUACCAUACCACAGAUUCGAGUCUCAGGAAAUACUUUGAAGUGUUCGGUGAAAUAGAAGAAGCUGUGGUGAUUACUGACAGACAGACUGGAAAAUCCAGGGGCUAUGGAUUCGUCACCAUGGCUGACAGGGCAUCUGCAGAAAGGGCCUGUAAGGAUCCCAAUCCCAUCAUAGAUGGCAGGAAAGCCAAUGUAAACCUUGCGUACCUGGGAGCAAAGCCGAGAGUAAUGCAACCAGGUUUUGCCUUUGGAGUUCAGCAAAUCCACCCAGCAUUCAUACAGAGGCCUUAUGGGAUCCCAGCUCACUAUGUCUAUCCUCAGGCAUUUAUGCAGCCAGGAGUCAUGAUUCCACAUGUGCAGCAAACUGCAGCCACAGCAGCAGCCACCUCUCCGUACCUCGACUACACCGGAGCUGCAUACGCACAGUAUUCUGCGGCCGCCACUGCUGCAGCCGCCGCAGCUUAUGAACAGUACCCCUAUGCAGCUUCCCCGGCCGCAGCUGGCUAUGUCACUGCUGCUGGCUACGGCUACGCGGUCCAGCAGCCUCUUGCCGCUGCUGCCCCUGGCUCAGCUGCAGCAGCGGCUGCAGCCUUCAGCCAGUACCAGCCUCAGCAGCUUCAGACAGACCGCAUGCAAUAACAGAACAUUGGAUGAGACAGGAAAGCAGUAAUAAUGAUGCAGAAUUACAAAUAUUAUAUUCCAUGGCCUUACAACUUGCAGUGAUGAUAAAGCAAAACUGUAUGAAGUAACAGCUGACUGUUAUUUUUUGUUUAUUUUAUUACUAUUUAGAGAAAAAGUGGUGUUUAAAAGCAAAAUAUCUUAAUCCCACUGUCUUUUAUAAAUACAGUAAUGAUCUAGAAUUGUUAUUGACUGUUAGAAGUCUCGCCAUGUUAUACAUGCAUACAUAAUGAGACUAGAGGCCCUGUGUCUUUAAAGAAAAUGAGGGCUUUUAAGUUCAGUCUACACAAUUGCAUCUACCUUUUCUGGUUAUCAGGGAAAUGCAGUAUUUUCCAGCACUUAACAACUUUGUUUUCAAAAGUGCAAAUCAGGGAAUGAUAGAAGUAAGGAAAAAAAACUAAAACCUGCAGCUCAUACCAUGUGUAAAAACUACCAUUCAACUUCCAAAUGCUGAAUAUCCUUUCUGACUUUACUUUGACAUAUGCAAAAGGAUUAUUAUUAUUAUUAUUAUUAUUAUUAUUAUUAUUAUUAUUAUUAUUAUUAUUAUUAUUAUUAUUAUUAUUAUUAUUAUUAUUAUUUUCUUUGAGGGGGAAAACAAGAUUUUGAUCUUUUAAGGGCAUCGAACAAUUUAAGGCACACAGCCAUUAUUAUUAUUAUUAUUAUUAUUAUUAUUAUUAUUAUUAUUAUUAUUAUUAUUAUUUUAAAUGGACAGGCACCAAAGUUAUUUUCUUUCCUCUGCAUGAGUGCAACUCUGGAGCCGGUGAUGCAGAAAAAAUGAGUGCAACAGCUGUCCGGACAGUCAGUAGCACAGACAGCUCUGGAAAGAACGCAUCACUUGUGCUUGUUUGAGCUGUCACAUUUUUAAUCCCUCUCCCCGGCCUUUUGGGAAACUUUAACUGCUGGUGUCAGCUAUUCCGAUUCUGAAAUCGGAUCAGCCCUUGACAACAUCAGACCUUCUCUUUCUAUUUAUUGUACCAGUCCAUGGCUCUGAAUGAAAUACAGGCAAAAAUGUGAAACUUAACCCUUUUAAAAUCUGCUACUUUGGUCAACAUGAACAGCAAACACCUUUUGCAUGUUUUGUAUAUUUUCUUGUAUUGAUUGGUACAACAGCGCGAUUGAAAUGAAUGUCUACCCGCCAGUAUGAAAUCUCUUAUGCAAAUCGUUCUUUGAUCAAAAAAGCAACACUGUAGUUUUAAGGGGUUAAUAUUAAUAUGUGGCUCUUACUGUGCCUUAUAAUAUUUGUAAUGCUAUUUAAGAAAAAGAAAAUAUUUAUUUUGAAAGUUUGACUGUUGCGCACUAAAGAAGGGAACUUUAGAUGCGGUAUUGUAUACAUUUAAUAUUAUGUAUUCAUCUCAUGGCAUAUAAGUUAUUAAGUAGGUUUUAGUUGUAGAAUAGAACAUAUUCAACCAAAAAUGUUGACUAGGGUUUAUUUAAGAUAAGAUACAAAUCUGUAUGUGCACUGUACAAUGAUAUAUUUUAGAAUAUGACAUUAAAUAUUUACUAGUUUAAUGCCUUUUCUAUGAAAGAUAUUUUAAAUGCAGGCCUGUUACCUAGAAAAUGUAUCUAUUUUCCUUAGAAAUGUUAAGCUAUGAUAAUUACGUUUGCUAGGAAGGAAAAAAAAGGCAAAAGCUGCUUAUAUAUUAGAAUGUAUUGUCUUGUAAAGCUUUAAUACUUGUGCUUUUAAUUGUUGAGAUCUUCAUCAAAUUGACUAUUUUACACUGUUGGGAAUUUUUUACUUGAACAAUUUCUUACAAGGGAAAACAUGACAAAAGAAAGAAGCUUUUUAAGGAAACUUUUCAGCAUCACUGGAUUAUGUAAAGUAUUUGGGAAAAGCCAGUGUUAUACAAUUUAAAUGCAACAGUCCUGUUGGUAUUACAUUUAUGAUUUCAGAUCUUAUAUACUAUUUACACUUACUUACAAAAUGUAAUAAAAAAAAAAUACAAAUCCAAA